AUGGCUGGUUCCACUACCUCAAAUAUCGUUAAUGUUCAUGCCACCACCCACCUCCCAAUCAAACUUACCUCAGCCAAUUUUCCGAUUUGGAAGAAGCAGGUUGAAUCCACGCUUAUCGGCCUUGACCUGCUUGGCUAUGUUACCGGUUCCACAGCUGCCCCGGCUAAGUAUUCCGAUGCAGCUCGCACUGUGUUGAAUCCAGCCAACACCAAUUGGUUCAGACAGGACCAGAUUAUUCUCAGCGCGAUCCUGGGUAGUCUCUCCGAUGUGCUGCAACUGGUCAUUUCGUCUGCCACCUCUGCGCAUGAUGCAUGGACUCGUCUGUCCACUAAUUGUGCCGCUGCGUCUCGGAGUCGAGUAGUUUCGUUGAAAGCGAAACUAGCCAAAAACCCCAAGGCCAACCGGUCAAUUGAGUCAUAUAUGAGGGAUAUGCGAGCCAUGGCCGAUGACCUGGCCCUUGCUCAAAGCCCUGUCGCUGAAGAAGACCUCGUAGUGCAUAUAUUCACGCAACUGGGCGCUGAAUACAACCCGAUUGUGGCAGCUCUGCGGGUACGCACAGAUCCUGUUUCAUUUGGUGAACUGCAUGACGUGCUCACCGACUACGAGAGGUUGUUGAAAGAUAAUUAA